AGAAAAUUUCCAGGACAAUAAAGAGUGGCCUUGGCAAUGUCAAAGCAAAUGAUUUCACCAUUUUCUUUUUCUCAAAGUCUGAAUCUUUUUGUCACUGCUAAAUUUAGUUAAGACAAAUGAAUAAAGGUUUCAGAAUGGCAGAAAUAAAAGCCGAUAGAAGCUAUUCUCCAAGUCCUGAAAGUUCUCCUACUAUAAAGGCGAAAAUGGAUUGUUCUUGUUCUAUUGUAAGGAAGGUGUUUGAUAAAAUUCUUGGUUUGGCUCCUUCUUGGAGAAAGAACACUCCUCCUCGUGUUAGAAGAAUUUUCCAUAGAGAUGUUGAACGAGAUGAGUUUCAGUAUUCAAAUACUCAUUGUCUCUCUUCUUACUACAGUGUUUUUGUAGUUCGCCUAGCUAUUAUGGUCAUGCUAGCUAUUUUGAUUGGGCUGUUAACUAUUCUAACUUGGCAUUUCACAAGGAAGUAUACUAAAAGAUCAUUAGAUACCUUAGCUUAUGGCCUUCGUUAUGAACUUCUACAACGUCCCAUAUUACGAAUGUGGAAUAUUUUGAAUUCUACUUCUGAGAUAACAACAGCACAGGUUAAGCUGUCAGAGUACGUAAUCAGACGGUACAGCAAUCCAGCUACUCAAGCAGAACAAGUUGAGCUGUAUCAAGUGAUGAAAGAUGUGACAUGGGCACUUUUUGCAAGUCGCAAAGCUCUCAAUGCCAUAACUAUAACUUACAGAAAUGGCUUUGUUCAGGCUUUUCAUAGAGAUCAUAGGAGUAACAAUACGUUUUACAUUUACUCUAAUCUAGUAAACUAUUCAAUAAGUGUCACUGAGCCUUAUGAUGCAAAUAUGUUGUCCUCGCGUCAAGGGUGGAAUGAUCAGUCCAUUCAGGGUAAUCUUUCAGCUAUUUGGUUCCGGGAACCACUUGAUCCUGUAACAGGUGAAAAGAUUGGAAAAGCAAGCGAAAUUCCACCAGAUGAUCUUAUAAAUAUUGCAGGCUUUUCUCAAGUACCAGAUGGUGCAGCUUCCUGGCAUGUGGCAGUAAGCAAGUAUACUGAUUCACCAUUGCUAUCAGCAGCAUUGCCUGUGUGGGAUGCUUCAAAUAAGAGCAUAGUGGCUGUUGUUGGCGUUACUACUGCACUUUCUAGCGUAGGGCAGUUGAUGAGAGAACUUGUUGAAGUACAUAGUGGACAUAUAUAUUUGACCUCUCAAAAAGGCUUUUUGCUGGCUACUUCAACAAAUGCUCCACUCUUAAGAAAUUCAACAGGAGGACCUAAGCUUAUGAUGGCUGUUGAUUCUGAGGAUAACAUAAUUCGAAUGGGAGCUCAGUGGUUAGAGAGAGUCUACGGAAACAAGAUUCCUCCCGGACACAUUGUUCAUGUAGAAAAUGCAAAGCUUGGCCACCAAAAAUAUUACAUUGAUUCAUUUUUCCUAAAUCUAAAGAGACUGCCUAUCGUGGGGGUUAUUAUCAUUCCAAGAAGAUACAUAAUGGGGAAGGUAGAUGAAAGAGCCUUCAAAACUUUGGUUAUACUGAUUUCUGCAUCUGUGUGCAUACUAGUCAUUGGAUGUGUGUGCAUAUUAAUACUUACAAAUGGAGUAUCAAAAGAAAUGAAACUGAGAGCAGAGUUGAUAAGCCAUCUUGAUGCAAGGAGAAGGGCAGAGGCAUCAAAUAACUACAAAAGCCAAUUUCUGGCAAACAUGAGUCAUGAAUUGAGGACUCCUAUGGCUGCUGUGAUUGGGUUGCUGGAUAUUCUUAUCUCUGAUGAUUGUCUCACAAAUGAACAAUAUUCAACUGUUACUCAGAUUAGAAAAUGUUCCACCGCUCUACUUCGACUUCUUAACAAUAUAUUAGAUCUGAGCAAGGUUGAAUCUGGAAAGCUAGUGUUGGAAGAUGCAGAGUUUGACCUGGGACGAGAACUUGAAGGACUUAUCGACAUGUUCUCUGUGCAGUGCAUUAACCACAAUGUGGAGGCUGUUUUGGAUCUUUCUGAUGAUAUGCCAAAAUUAGUUCGAGGAGACUCUGCCAGAGUUGUGCAAAUAUUUGCAAAUCUCAUAAGCAAUUCUAUCAAGUUCACAACAUCUGGUCAUAUUAUUCUGCGUGGUUGGAGUGAGAAUUUAAGUACUUUCAGUGACACCACAAAGUUUCCUCUUUAUCAGAAGAAAACACGGUGUGCAAUUAAGCCUAAAUUGAGGCAGCAGGGGAACCAUAUGAAGAAGGCUUCUAAGAAAGAAAACAAAGUGAUCCUUUGGUUUGAAAUUGAUGAUACGGGCUGCGGAAUUGAUCCAACCAAAUGGGAAUCAGUAUUUGAAAGCUUUGAGCAAGCUGAUCCCUCGACAACUAGAUUGCAUGGUGGUACUGGUCUUGGACUUUGCAUUGUCCGAACCUUGGUUAACAAGAUGGGUGGAGAAAUAAAAGUCGUAAAGAAGAAUGGACCAGGAACUCUAAUGCGACUCUACUUGCUUCUCAAUACAGCAGUUGAUGGUGCAGAGCAGCAUUGCCAAGUGGAUUUUGCAAGACAUAAUGUUGUAGUGCUGCUAGCUCUAUAUGGCUCCAUGGGUAGAGUUAUUAUGUCUCAAUGGUUGCAUAAAAUUGGACUAUCCUCUGUAGGAGUGUCUGAGUGGAAUGAGCUUACACAAGUUCUUCGGGAACUCUUUCAUAGAAGAAGACAUAACAAUGCAUUUGAGACUCAUUGUUCUCUGAAUGAACCAUUGAAAGCAGAAGUUCUUGAUAUACAGGACAUUACAGACCCCACAUUUGUCAUUGUUGUAGAUAUAGGGUUGCUUGACUUGAGUACAGAUAUAUGGAAGGAACAACUUAACUUCCUUGACAAGUUCUCUGGAAAAGCUACAUUUGCUUGGAUGCUAAAUCAUGAUACUUCCAAUGCCAUAAAGAUGGAGCUCCGAAGGAAAGGGCACAUACUGAUGGUCAAUAAACCUCUAUACAAGGCAAAAAUGAUUCAAAUCUUGGAAACUGUUAUCAAGGAACAACAAAAGAAAAGUUUGAAUGCUGCGAGAGGUAUAGCAAAGGAUGCCAAUGAUAUGCAUGAAUGUCUUGAAAUUGAUUCCACUCAGUUUGACAAUGCUAGUUCAGAAGAUUCAGAUAUGGCGGAAAUGGGUAAUUCGAAUUCUCUAGAUGUAUUUCACAAUGAAGAGAAACAAAAGGAAAGAUGCAGGACCACAAGUGCAUCAAAGUAUCAGACAAUUAGCAAGUGCUUAAUUGAAUUAACUGAUGUGGAUCUAGAAGAAAAUAAUUUGAAGGAAGAUACAAAUCGAACCAAGAACAACUCACAUGACAGAAAAGAUGAAACAUCUAAUUCAUUCACCAAAGAUCAAUGUUCAGGAAGCAGUACUUGUCCUAAAGGGAGAGUUGAUUCAUACUUGAGCAAAGCUGCGAAUCAACAGAAAGCUUUGGAGGGCCUAAGAAUCCUUCUAGCAGAAGAUACUCCAGUUCUCCAAAGAGUUGCAACCAUCAUGUUGGAAAAAAUGGGGGCGACAGUUAUUGCUGUGGGAGAUGGAUUGCAAGCAGUGGAUGCUCUAAAUUGCCUACUCAGCACUAAAGAUUGUAAAAGAGAAUCUCUCUUGCAAGAUGGAAACAAAGGUUCAAUAUCUGAACUUCGUGAUUCCCAUCCAUAUGACUUGAUCCUAAUGGACUGUCAGAUGCCAAAAAUGGAUGGCUACGAAGCGACAAAGGCGAUACGAAAAUCAGAAGCACGAACAGGAUUACACAUUCCUAUUGUUGCAUUGACAGCCCAUGCAAUGUCAUCUGAUGAAGCCAAGUGCUUGGAGGUUGGCAUGGAUGCUUACCUAACAAAGCCAAUUGAUUACAAGCUGAUGGUAUCUACCAUUCUCUCACUCACUCAACCUACAACCUAACUUUAUUUGUCACUUUUAAAGCAAAAGCUAACAAAAUGUUGUCUCAAGUAAUCUUUGGAUGUACAGUCGGAAGAUUGCACUCAAAAAGUAUGUUAUAACAUGUAAGUUGUAUGUAUGUAUGCAUGUAGAGGUAUUACCCAAUUUUCUAUAUGAUAUAAAAGAUCAAUGCUUUUUUGCUUUAUAA